AUGAGGACGGCUAGAAGAAUUUCACGUACCUCUGGCAAUCCUAAUCGCAAGUUUUUUGGAUGCCCACGGUUCAGUCCCUCAGACGCUAAGAAAGCGUGUCGCUACUUUGAAUUGUAUGACAUUAGAGCUGCAGUGUUCAAAGCAACCUCAAUGUUGUCUGCAAAGGUUACAAGGCUGGAAGCUGAAAAUAGACAGCUUCGCAGUUUGUUAGGGAGAGUUAUGAAGGAUUGA